AUGCAGCGUCUGGUUGACCUCACCCCGGGCGGGUUCGUCCGCCUCAUCGCGCUCGCGAUCGCGAUCUACGCCGCGGUGGACAUUCGCCUGUACGCCGUGCGAGAGUACGGGCGAAUCAUCCACGAGUUCGAUCCGUGGUUCAACUUUCGAGCCACGGUGUACCUCGCGGAUAACGGAUGGAAUAAGUUUAAGACGUGGUUCGAUUACAUGUCGUGGUACCCGCUCGGACGACCGGUGGGGACGACGAUCUAUCCGGGGAUGCAGAUCACCGCCGUGGCGCUGUGGAGAGCGUUAAACGCGCUUGGGAUUGAGAUGUCCCUGAACGACGUGUGCGUGUUUUUCCCGGCGUGGUUCGGGGCGGUGGCGACGUUCUUAGUCGCGAUGUUAACGAAGGAGUGCAGCGGGAGCGGUACCGCGGCGGUGGCGGCGGCGCUGGUGAUGGCCAUCGUCCCGGCGCACACGAUGCGGUCGGUCGCGGGAGGAUACGAUAACGAGUCCCUGGCGGUGACAGCCAUGUGCCUGACGUUCUACACGUGGUGCCGAUCGUUGAGAAAUCCAGAGUCUUGGUGGAUCGGCGGUCUCGCCGGAUUGGCGUACACGUACAUGGUGGCCGCGUGGGGAGGGUACACGUUCGUGCUCAACAUGGUCGGGUUGCACGCCGCCGUGCUGGUGAUUUACAAACGCUACAGCUCAUCUUUGCACAAGGCGUACUCGUUGUUCUUCAUCGUCGGGACGAUCGGGGCGUUGCAGUUCCCCGUCGUCGGGACGCUUCCUUUUACGUCCGCCGAGCAACUUGGCCCCAUGGCCGUCUUCCUCGGUUUCCAAGUUCUCGAGUUGACCGAGCGCACGAUGCAGCCGGAUUUGAGCAAGCGCGCCAAGUGGCAGAGACGCAUUCGUAUGUAUGCACUCGCCGUCGUCGCGGCGGUCGCGGCGCUCACCGCGCUCGUCGUGGGCGGGUUGUACAACAUUAAUGGUCUCUCUGUCCGUGUGAAGAGCUUAUUCGUGAAGCAUACAAAGACGGGUAAUCCCCUCGUUGACAGCGUGGCGGAGCAUCAACCCGGGAACGCCGAUUCUUACUACCGUUUCUUGCACUUCAACUAUUACAUCGCGCCGAUCGGAUUCAUCUUUUCGGUCGUGCACUUCGUCUUUGACGGAUCCGCGGGCGCGAUGUUCUUGCCACUGUACGGUUUGGUGGCGUACUACUUUGCCAACCGUAUGGUUCGUCUUAUCAUCUUCCUCGGUCCCGUCGCCGCGUGUUUGGUUGGCGUCUGCGUCGGUUACGCCGUCGAGGACGCCAUUCGCAUCAUGAAGACGAGCGAUGAAACCACAGAGGAACCCGAGAAGGAGAAGGAAGUGCCCCUCUCUGCGAAAAAACGGGCGAAGCAGGCAAACAAGAAAAAAACGGAGAAUCUAACCGUCAUGAUCAAGAAAGAACUCGACAUGGCGUACCGUAGUCCCGUCGCUCGCACUGUACGACUCGUUUUUAUCGCUCUCGGUGCGGUUUACAUCAUCAGUAAGGCUCCGACGUUCUACACCUACUCGCACGCGAUGGCUCAGGGCAUGUCGCAACCAAGCAUUAUGUUCAAGGGACAGCUCCAAGACGGCACUUCCGUCAUGGUUAAGGAUUACGUCGAGGCGUACGACUGGCUCAGAACGCAAACUCCCGAAGAUGCUCGCGUGAUGGCCUGGUGGGACUAUGGUUAUCAAAUCACUGGCAUCGGCAAUCGCACGUCCAUCGCCGAUGGCAACACGUGGAACCACGAACACAUCGCCAACUUGGCGCGCAUGCUCACCUCCGAGGAAGAGAAGGCGCACAAGGUUAUUCGACACUUGGCUGACUACGUGCUCGUUUGGGCUGGCGGUGGAGGUGACGACAUGGCCAAGAGUCCGCACUUGUUCCGCAUCGGCGCCUCGAUCGGCAGUGGUCGCGCCACAGCUGUCGAGAUGGAAAAGAUCACCAGCACGUUCGGCGUCGAUCGUUACGGUCAACCGACGCCGAAGAUGGCAGCGUCUUUGUUGUUUAAGCUCGUAUCCCCGCAAGGGCGAGUGAGCCCGGAGCGAUUCCAAGAAGUGUACACUUCAAAGUAUCGCAAGGUUCGCAUUUACAAGGUUGUCAACGUGGACGAAGAAUCCAAGGCGUGGAUCGCGGACCCCGCCAACCGCAUGUGUGACAACGCAGAUGGCAGUGGCUUCUGCCCGGGGGCUUACCCGCCGGCGCUGCGAAAGUACCCAUCCAUCAUCAAGCCCGCGUACAAGAUUCCUGCUUGGAUCAAAGAAAAGCGAGCCACUGAGAAAAGCGAGAGAAAGGCUGCGCAAAAGGAUGAACUCUAA